AUGGCCAACACAUUGUUGAAACGUUUCAUCCAUGUAGAAAUUCGACAUGUACCCCGUACAGAAAACCAAGAAGCAAACGAUUUAGCCCAAAUGGCCUCUGGAUACAAAGUAUCAAAGGAUCAAGUGCAAGAACCGAUUGAGAUUAGAAACAGGCGCAGUUCGAUGGAUUCUCUCUCUAGUAAAUCGUUAAUGCCAAAACUUGGGGGGACAGAGACGUUCCAAGGACACAUAAGAGGUAUGGAUUUUGUCGAAAUUUUGGUCAUUAACGAUUUAACUAACGCCGAUUGGCGAAAACCCAUAGUAAAAUAUAGAGAAAAUCCAGACGGAACAACUUGUCGAAAAGUGAAAUAUCGAGCCUUAAGUUAUGUAAUAAUGGGCGAUGAAUUGUUAAAAAAGACUCCAGAAGGAGUAUUGCUGAAAUGUUUGGGGGAAGCGGAUGCAUACUUGGCAGUUUCUAAUACACAUAGUGGAACUUGCGGAACGCAUCAGGUCGACCAUAAAAUGAAAUGGCUUUUGUUUCGACAAGGUGUAUAUUGGCCAACCAUGCUCAAAGAUUGCAUAGAAUUCGCUAAAGGUUGA